AUGGCUUCAGAGGAUGAGGAAGGAGGAGGAGGAUACGAAUGGCUGUCAUCGUGUUGCAAUGAGGAACAAAAUGCCUUUUUAUUUUUGUAUCUCAUCUAUUACGUUGCCGUUUUGUUGAUUGGAGAGACCAUAUUUGCCAAACCGAUGCGCUUGUUGGCCACGGCGAUUCACGAAUUGUCUCAUGCGAUCGCCUGCUGGCUCACCUGCGGUCAAGUUCUGAAUUUGGAAGUUUAUGAAACAGAGGCGGGGAUUACGCGGUAUGUGGGAGGUUGGCGAUGUUUCAUUGCCAGUGCGGGGUAUUUGGGAGAAGCAUUCUUUGGUGGUUGGUUUGUGGUGCUUUCGGGGGGUCGAAAGACAGCGACAGCGGCAGCCAUUGGGUUAAUGUGGGCGCUUUUGCUCAGCUUAUGUUACAAACCGAAUCGGGUGUUGGUGUUUGUCACGGUGUUUUAUAUUAUAUUGACCAUUGCGGUGGUGGCAGUGGAAUGGUUCUACUUUACACCCUGUCUGACCUAUCUGACAUUGGGAUAUGGAGUCUUUUUGGGAACCUUUGCGGAAUUGGAUAUUUUCAAUCAUCUCAUCCUUCAUUCCAUACCUAGCAGUGAUUCCUAUUCCAUCUAUGAAGAAUCCGGGCAAUCCGUGUGUUGCAUGCCACGAUGUGUUGGAAUUAGCUGGUUGAUUGUGGCCAUUGGCUUUCAACUCUUUAGCUUGUACGUGGCACUCAUUCUCAUGUCGGAAGAAUGUGAACAUCAGGGUUGGAUGCAAUGUCUACUUCACUCGGAUCUAGAAUUAAGGUUUGACAAAUUCGAGGUUUGGCCGGAUGAUUGGCAAUGGAAGAUUGGGGACUGA